UCAUGGCCCACUAAAUGAAACUAAUGGGUAAAGUGUGUUAAGCUUUGAAAGCCUAAUUCACAGAAAGAUAAGAAUGAUAAACAUACAUUCUCACAACAAUGGCAGGAACUGCUAUCUACACCUCCUGCAACUUAGGGAGAUGUAGGUUGGUAUUAAAAACUCACAAUGGAAGGAGCAUGCAAGGGAAGCUAGCAUCUCAAUGUCAAAUGAGAAGGAACUUUACAGUAAAAGCAGAAGUGAGGUUUGUAACAGCUGAUGAUGCUAAGGAACUUGUAGCAGUAGAUGGAUAUAAUGUUCUUGAUGUGAGGGACAUAUCUCAGUUUGAACGAGCACACAUUAAAACAUGUUAUCAUGUCCCUCUUUUUGUUGAAAAUACUGACAAUGAUCCUGGUACAUUCUUAUUAAGGACUGUACACAAUAAUUUUUCUGGAUUGUUCUUUGGGAUACCAUUCACUAGGCCAAAUCCUGAUUUUGUACAAUCUGUCAAGAGUCAAUUACAGCCUGAAACUAAACUUUUGAUUGUAUGUCAGGAAGGAUUAAGGUCGGCUGCAGCAGCAAAUAAGUUAGAAGAAGCUGGUUUCCAAAAUGUAGCAUGCUUAACAUCUGGACUUCAAACUGUGAAACCAGGAACAUUUGAAUCUGUUGGCAACACAGAGUUGCAGAAUGCUGGCAAAGCUGGUUUGGUGCAAAUUCAAGGAAAAAUUUCAGCUGUUUUAGGAACCGUUCUUAUUUGUGCAUAUUUAUUCAUUACAUUCUUUCCUGAUCAAGCUGAGAAGCUGUUCCAACUGGUCCCUGCAGGCUAAGACUAAAAGUUCCAUUGAUUAGUUGUUAGUUAUUUUCCCCUCACAUAAUGCAUGUUGCAUUGAAAUGUGAGAUUAGAAUUGAGGAACAUAAAAAUAUGUGAUUAUGUGAAUGAGGUGCCUUAUUGAAGGGUUAAUGUCAUGUCAGUAUGGUUAUAAUGGUGAAAACAAGAUUGUUUAUUUUCCAUUAUGCAAAGCAAUAUUGUUUUUGAAAAA